AUGACUUCUGCCUGCUCUUCAAGUUGCUCUCCCGAGUCCUGCUGCAGAGUAACUGAUUGUCCAUCUGCCUCAACCUGCUCUACUGACACCCCCUGCCUCCCUGCUUCUUGUGGAGCAGCCAGAUGUCAGACGCCCAGAUUCCUAUGCCGAUCUCGCCUGUCGAGCAGCUGCUAUUUGCCCGUGGUGGGGCACCGUGGCUGGCGCGAUGAAUGGGCCUUCAAUAGCAACGAGAAGGAGACCAUGCAAUUUCUGAACGAUCGCCUGGCCAACUACCUAGAGAAGGUGCGGUGUCUGGAGGAGGAGAACGCAGAGCUGGAGUGCAAGAUCCGAGAGCAGUGCGAACAACAAAUCACUUUUGUCUGUCCCGACUACCAGUGUUACUUCAACACAGUUGAGGAUCUCCAGCAAAAGAUUUUGUGCACCAAGGCAGAGAAUUCCAGGUUAGCUGUGCAGAUCGACAACUGCAAACUGGCAGCUGAUGACUUUAGAACCAAGUAUGAAGCUGAACUAUCCCUCCGCCAGCCAGUUGAAGCUGAUGUCAGGGACCUGCGAAGGAUUCUAGAUGAUUUGACCCUGUGCAAAUCGGACUUGGAGGCACAUCUGGAGUCUCUGAAGGAAGAUCUCCUCUGUCUCAAGAAGAAUCACGAAGAGGAAGUAAACUCCCUCCAGGCCCAGCUUGGGGAUAGACUCAUUGUGGAGCUGGACACUGCCCCAACUGUAGAUCUGAACAAGCUCCUGGAUGAGAUGAGGUGUCAGUAUGAAACUGUGGUAGCUAACAAUCGCAGAGAGGCUGAGGAAUGGUUUGCUAUCCAGACAGAAGAACUGAAUCACCAGCAGCUUUCCAGUGCAGAGCAGUUACAUUGCUGCCAAUCGGAGAUCAUCGAAUUGGAUCGAACAGCCAACGCUCUGGAGAUUGAACUCGAGGCCCAGGAGAGUCUGAAAGAAUCUCUGGAAGGCACUUUUUCAGAAACCAAGGACCGUUACAGUUCCCAGCUGGCACAGAUACAGUGCCUGAUCGACAAUGUGGAGACCCAGCUUGCUGAGAUCCGUUGUGACCUGGAGCGGCAGAACCAGGAAUACCAAAUCCUCCUUGAUGUCAAGACCCGACUGGAAUGUGAAAUUGCCACAUACCAAAGCUUGCUUGAGAGCGAAGAUUGCAAGCUUCCCUGCAAUCCAUGCUCUGCCUCCUAUACUUUCUGUGACCUGAGCGAACCCUGUGUGAUUUGUACAGUAGAAAACUGCCAAGCCUGA